GUUCAAACAGUAGAGCUAAGUUUGCCUCCUCGCUCCACACCGGCUGCAGAAGUGUACCGUCCAGUUUUCACCGGGACUUGUGCACGGACUUUAUAACGUGGACUUGGCAAAAUGAGACUUCGGCGCGUGCUUUUGUUUUUAGCUUUAUCUGUCUGCCCACUUUUCUCUCUGACUAACUGUGAAGAGCAGCGAGUCCCCGAAGAGAAACUUCUCAUUGUGACAGUUGCAACCCAAGACACUGAAGGCUUCAAGCGUUUCUUGGUGUCGGCUAAACAUUUUAACUACACUGUCAAGGUUCUUGGUCGGCUUGAAAAAUGGAGGGCAGGCGACUACAUGUCGGCUACAGGAGGGGGCCAGAAGGUACGACUGCUGAAAGAGGCUCUGCAGGAAAUGAAGAAUGAAGACACAAUCAUCCUUUUUACUGACAGGUACAGUGUCUUUACCACAGGCAAACACUCAGAUUCAAAUUUGCUUCUCAGCAGUGAUGGCCAGA